AUGAAGCAGUUGAAGACAGUGGCAGUAAUGAACGAAAGCCACCCCACGGAGUUCAUUCUACUGGGCUUCGCUGACCGACCUUGGCUGGAGCUGCCUCUCUUCAUCACUCUCCUGAUAACCUACCCCAUGGCCAUGAUGGGAAACAUCACCAUCAUCCUGGUAUCCAAGAUAGACCCCCGUCUCCACAGCCCCAUGUACUUCUUCCUCAGUAACCUCUCCUUCCUGGACAUGUGUUACACCACAAGCACUGUUCCUCAGAUGCUCUUUAACCUGGGGAGCUCCAAGAGGACCAUCAGCUAUCUGGGGUGUGCAGUUCAGCUUUAUGUCUUUCAUUUAAUGGGGGGCACAGAGUGUCUGCUCCUGGCCAUUAUGUCCUUUGACCGCUAUGUGGCCAUCUGCAGGCCUCUGCACUACACCCUCAUCAUGAAUCAGCGCCUCUGCCUCCUCCUAGCAUCCACUGUGUGGCUGACUGGAAUUACCUAUGCUGUCUCAGAGGCCACUGUUACACUACAGUUGCCACUGUGUGGUGUCAAUAAACUGGAUCACUUGGUGUGUGAGAUUCCGGUUCUGAUCAAGACCGCCUGUGGUGAAAAGGUGGUGAAUGAGCUUGCAUUGUCUGUUGUAUGCAUCUUUAUGUUAGCUGUGCCCCUGUGUUUAAUUCUUGCUUCCUAUGUCAGUAUCGGGCAUGCUAUAUUUAAGGUGAAAUCUUCUGAAGGAAGAAGAAAGGCCUUGGGGACAUGUUCCUCUCACCUCCUUGUGGUUUUCCUAUUUUAUGGUCCGGCCAUCAGCAUGUACCUUCAGCCCCCAGCCUCCAUCUCCAGAGACCAGCCUAAGUUCAUGGCUCUCUUCUAUGGAGUGGUGACUCCUACCCUCAACCCCUUCAUCUACACCCUGAGGAAUAAGGGUGUGAAGGGGGGAGUAGACAGGCUAGUGAGGGGCAUUUUUAGCUCCAAGAGACAGUUUACAGACAUCACAUGA